CUCUAGAUUGUUCAAUAGUGCUGACCUUUUGGCAUCUGGCACGCGCUCGCCACACUCCCCUUAUCCCUUCGACCUUUUCCGACAUUUUCUUGGGAAAAUCUUGUCAUCUUCUCUCCACGGCGAGUGAUCAGCCGAAACCACGACGAGUGAUCAGCAUAUUGUCAUCUUUUACGUAUGUAUUCUCACUCUGAAAUUAUUGUCCGCCGGAUCGGCUGUCGUUGAGCUUGCUAUUGCAGAUUCUGAAUCUCGAGUUCUUUCCUUGAGUUGCUGGACAGAUGACUUUUUGCAUUAGUUCAGCUUCUGCUGUCAGAAAUGUCUGGACCACCAAUGAAAAUGUGAUUCAAUUUGUUGAUCUUGCAACAACUGAUUCAAAGCAUUUUAGGGGCAAGUUACUUUGCUUCUCCGGUAGACAUCGAGUGAAUCAUACAGAAACCCGUUUUCCGAGAACCUUAGCUUUUGCCACAGGGAGCCGAAAGGAUAAAGCUGAAAGAAACAGUAGCUUGGAUGCUCUCUCUGAUGAUAUUACCUCCUUCAGAUGUGCCGAGAGUUUUGCUCCAGAUUCUAAUGUUGAUGUUUCUUAUCCGGAACCAAAAACAUUUUUUCCUGGAAGCAUUGGGGAUGAUCAAGCUAGUGUUCUGGACAAACUCAAAGCCCUUCGGUUCCACAUAUUAGCUUCAGAGAAGUGGAACUCUUCUCAGCUUAAUUUAUGUGACAGAAAAUAUCUGGAAUGUGCAUCAAACAUAAUUCAUUACAUGGCUUUGAAGUCUCUGGAUGUGGAGCAGCUCAACAAUUAUCUUGCUUCUCUUGGUAUGUUGAGUUUAGAUGAGAACAAUCUAGAUGUGCUAGCCAGACUUAAUGCCACCAUACAGCUACUGCAGAACUCUCUGGCUAGCAAAGAGAACGCAGAGGGUGAAUCUUGGACUAGUACAGAUCCCAAGAAGCUGAGAGGUGGAAAAACUAAGAAGCUCGGUAAGAAGGAGAUAACAUCAUGGAAUAAAGAACUAUUACUGGGUAAUCUUUGCGAGGGCAGAAGUACUCAUAUCAUGGUUACUGUUGGGAGAGAAGCAACAGAGAGUGAAACGCUAAUAACCGAUCUUCUUAAGGCUGGUGCUUCCAUUAUCCGUAUAAACUGUGCACAUGGAGAUCCAAGUAUUUGGGGAGAGAUCAUCAGAAGAGUGAGAAGAAGCUCGCAGAUGCUGGAGAUUCCAUGCCGGGUUCUUAUGGAUUUAGCAGGACCAAAACUCAGAACUGGUAUGCUAAAACCCGGUCCCCCUGUGAUGAAAGUGUCUCCCAAGAAAGAUGCUUAUGGAAAUGUUGUCUUCCCCGCUCAGGUAUGGCUAUCCCUUAGAGGAACAGGUCCUCCUGCUCACCUCUACCCUGAUGCUACCAUAUAUGUGCAAGACAAGGAUUUUCUUGCGGGCCUCCGGCUUGGUGAUUCGGUAAGUCUAUGUGAUGCCAGAGGGAAAAAGAGGAUGCUUAGAAUUUCAAAAGAGUUUCAUGUUUUCUCUGGUACUGGAUUUGUCGCUGAAUGUGGGGAUGCUGCUUAUAUUGAGUCUGGAACUAAGUUGUAUGUCAAGGGAAAGAAAGGAAAGCGCUCGGUCGGACAAGUUGUUGAGGUUCCUCAUAGAGAAGCGUUUGUGAGAGUCAAAGUGGGAGAUCUGCUAGUCAUAUCACGAGACAAAUUGCUUGAUGAACCUUCUGAUCCCAUUAAUGGAGCUCAUAGGAUAACUUGUUCGUCAAGCUAUUUAUUCGACUCUGUCAAACCGGGUGAAACUAUUGCUUUUGAUGAUGGAAGGAUCUGGGGAGUGAUCAACGGAACAGGUCCUUCAGAGAUAGUUGUCUCCAUCACCCAAGCUGGUCCAAGAGGUACCAAAAUUGGAUCAGAGAAGUCCAUAAACAUCCCGCAGAGUGACAUCCGUUUCGAAGGCCUCACUUCAAAAGAUAUCAAAGAUCUUGACUUUGUGGUUUCACAUGCUGAUAUGGUUGGCAUUUCUUUCAUCCGCAAUGCACGUGACAUUACUGUUCUUAAACAGGAGCUCGACAAAAGGGGAAUACCAGACCUGGGUAUUGUUCUGAAGAUUGAAACAGAAAGCGGGUUCAAGAAUUUGCCUCUGAUUCUAUUAGAAGCAAUGAAGUGUCCAAAUCCCUUGGGAAUAAUGAUAGCUCGAGGAGAUCUUGCGGUGGAAUGUGGUUGGGAGAGAUUAGCUAAUAUACAGGAAGAGAUCAUGGCUGUAAGUAAAGCGGCUCGUGUACCAGUUAUCUGGGCAACUCAGGUUCUGGAAUCACUUGUCAAGUCUGGAGUUCCAACCCGAGCUGAGAUUACGGAUGUUGCCUAUGCCAAAAGGGCUGAUUGUGUGAUGUUGAACAAAGGGAAGCAUAUUGUUGAAGCCGUUGCCGUUUUGGAUACUAUCCUUCAUUCCAAGCUUACAGACACCAGACCAGAGCUGAACCAGAUAUCGCUUUGUGACCAUCUCUCUUCCUAGAGUACUCAGUGUCUCCAUUUCAUUACUUCUCAUUACAAGAAAACCGGUAAUCUGCUUGAUUUUGUGGUCAUUUUCAGUUUAAAAAAACUCGAGGUUUAAUAUCUCGGGCUUCACUAUCGAAAACCCAAGUCUGAUUCCAGAUUGUCAAAUGAAUCUGGGUGUUCCCAGUUCCAUUCCUAGUGCAUCUGGCUCUUGAUUGGGACUUCUGCCACAAUACCGAUACCGAAAAGUCAUGUCUAUCCAGUUCUACAUCCGGUGUAUCUGGUACCGAAUAGUCUUGUAAUCAUCUCCGGUCCAGUAAUGGGAAAUGGACCGGAUUUUUUUUCCCCUGUGAUUGUCACCUUAGUGUAUAGUAAAACCUAAAACUUUAUGUUUAGCAUGAUUUGGAUAACCAAGUAGAUGGUUAAUAUUGAACA